AUGAUUCGUUUUAGGUUUACACAUAUGGUUCGUUACCAUUCUACUUCACAUUUCACACUUCCAUUAUCAACCUCUUCAUUAAAAGAUUCUCCACAUUCAAACCUACUGUUGGACAAGCUGAAAGAUACGUAUUUAAACGGUAAGCUGGUUGUUGGGCAUGAAAACGCUACAGAGUCUCUUAAUUCAACCAGUUCACUGCCUAUGACACAGUUCCCCAAGAACAAGAUCUUUGUCCAAGUGGCUCAAGACGAUAAUGUUGGUUCUUGGAGAAAACCAUUUGUCAAAUGGUUCAGGUUAGGUGUUUACAUGGUUAAAUACUAUAAGGAGGGUGUAAAGAAUACUUAUCGACUGGCCAAAGAUACUAGACCGCUGAUUAAGCAAUAUAAAGACAGAUUGUCGACAGAGCUUUGUAAAAGUGUUGAAUUUAAAGAAAUUGAACACAGGUUAAAGAAAAGGGCAGGAUCUGAACCUAUUGAAUUGUUACCAUUGAAUAGAAGACAAUUUGUGGAAUUUCAUAGGCGUAGAGAAGCUCGGAAAAUUCCUGUUUUCUUUGUAUUGGCGCUUGCGUUUGAAGAAUUUACUGCUGUCAUAUGUUAUUUAUGGCCUAAAGUUGCACCUCACAAUUGUUUAACGCCAGGUGCAUUUGCAAAAAUCACUAGAUCUCAUGUAAAUCAUGAACUGGGUCAAAUAUCAGAGGUACCGACUUAUAAAAGCCCUUAUACUUUGCCAACAGAUCAAGUAUUCGCCAAAUUGAAAAGCUCAUUUGUAGAACAAACCCCCCGGUGGAAACUGGCACUGUAUCAAUUGGUCGAUAACAAGGUCCUACCUCGAGAAACUUUAGUGAGAAUUCAUCAUUACUUAUUUGUAGAUGAUUGGCUGUUGUUACAACACAUUUUACACAAUGAAUCUACAGUGUUGGCGCCUGCAGAAUUAGUGGAUUGUAUAAUGUUAAGACAAUUAUACAGAUCUGAAGAAGAUCUUAACGUUAUGGCGAAUGAUCCUCAAGGUCAACGUGUACUCGUUUGGAGGCUUUUGAUUUACUGGGCAUUUAGGUUUGACAAAACGAUUACUAGUGGUGGUGAAUCUUUAUUCGCUGAAAGAUGGGGAGUGAAUAACGUUUCGAUUCUUAAUUACAGCGGUUGGGAAAAUGGUGAUUUAAUUGGUACCCGUGAAUUACCCAUUCUUGAACUUCGAUGA